CACUGCCUGGGGAGGAGUAAGGAGAUCAGACGAUAGAAGGAGUCACUCAAUAAAGUUACGUCAAAAGCUACAGACGUGCGCGUUUUACUCACGACAUUUUGGCGACGCGAGCGGGACUUUUCUAGAUUAAAUUCGUCAAGUUCUUAAAAAAAAGGCGUUCGUAGAUUAAAUUCGAGUUAAAGUAGCGCGGCGUGAAAUCAAAUUGCGAAAAAUAAACCGAAGAACGAACGUUACGAACACACGCGAAACCUAACCUUGAAGGUGCUACGCCCCAACCCUGUGCAGCAGUUAAAAAACAAAAUGGAGGCCAAACCGGUCCUGCCGCCGUUCGACGUGACUGACCCAACCUCAAUCGCGAGUCGGUGGGCAAGGUGGAAGCGAUCGCUGGAGUUGUUCUUGGAAGUGAACUGCAUCGCUUUAGGGGCCCGCAAGAAGUCGUAUUUGCUGCAUUACGCCGGGCCGGACGUCCAAGAUAUAUUUUACAACAUAGAAGGCCAUGAUGCUGCAGCUCCGGUCGGCAGCGACGUCUACAAGGAGGCGAUACGGCUACUCGACGCUCACUUUGCCCCAUUGUCGAGCGUACCCUACGAGAGAGUGAUGUUCCGGAGGAUGAAACAGCAGGAAAACGAAACUCUGGAGAAAUUCAUUCACCGUCUCCGCGACCAAGGGCGGCUUUGCGAGUACGGCGAGGCAUUGGAAAUGCGGAUAACGGAGCAGGUCUUCGACAACGGCAACUCGGAUGCGUUGAGGGAAGCAAUUCUCAAGAAGAAGCUGAUGACAGUUCCAGAGAUUUCCGAGGAAGGGCGCGUCUUGGAAACAGUGAAAAGAAACCGCGAUGAAAUGAAGAAACCGGAAGGGGAAAAUUCAGUGAAUUUUGUGCGUAAACCGAAACCCGGGGACGUUUGUUAUCGUUGCGGCAACAGUGGCCACUACGCAAGCGACAAGAAGUGCCCAGCUAAAGCUCAAAAGUGCGACAAGUGCAAGCUAGUGGGACACUUCAAGUCGAUGUGCAAAACGAAAAAAGGAAGAAAAGCUGACCAAAAGAGUGAAGUGCGACAGGUGAAAGUACCUGAAUCAGAGCGAGAAUCAGACAGCUCGUCGGAGGAUGAUGUACAACACGUGUACGCUGCCGGGUCAGUGCCUGAAAAAGUGACCUGCUUUGUGGGCGGAAUCAAGCUGGAUUGGGUCGUCGACUCGGGCGCUCACGUGAAUGUUGUGAGCAACGACACCUGGAAGCAGCUGAAGAAACAAGGUUGUGCGGUCAGCCAAGAAGAACCAUCGAACAAGACGCUGAGAGCGUACGGUGAUGGAAAACUAAAAGUGCAAACAGUGAUCAAAGCCGACAUUGCUACCAGGAAGAAAACAGUGCAUCGCGAGAUCUAUGUAGUUGACAACCCGAAAGGAGCGAAUUUGCUGAGCAGAACAACUUCCAUCGACCUGGGAUUGCUGGAAAUACACGGCGAAGUGUUCAGCGUAAACGAAGUUGUCGAUCCACCGAUCGGAAAACUAAAGGGAGUUCAGGUCCUGGUCAAGAUCGACGAAAAGGUGACUCCCGUCCAGCAAGCGUGCAGGCGAAUACCGAUCCCGUUGAAGGAGCUGGUGGAUGCGAAGCUGGAAGACCUGUUGAAGCAAGACAUCAUUGAGCCGGCCCCUCUCGACAUCACGUGGGCCUCCCCGCUGGUGGUCACGCCCAAAGACGGAGGGAAAAGCGUCCGACUGUGUGUGGACAUGCGCAAAGCAAACAAGGCCAUCGUUCCGGAGAAGCACCCGUUACCGACAUUCGAGGAGAUUGUGCCGCACCUGAACGGAUGCAAGGUCUUCAGCAAGAUAGAUUUGGUUAAGGCCUUUCACCAGAUCGAACUUGCCCCGGAAUCGCGAGAUAUUACCACAUUCGUCACGCCGGAUGCGUACUACCGGUACAAAAGGCUCAUGUUUGGCAUGACCAUUGCAUCCGAAGUGUUCCAGCGACACAUCGAGCGGGCGUUGAAGGGUCUGAAGGGCGUGAAGGUCUUCAUUGACGACAUGCUGGUGUACGGGUCCACCAAGGACGAACACGAUCAACGGUUGAAGGCAGUUCUAGAGCGGUUGAAUGAGUGUGGUCUCACGAUCAAUGAAGCCAAAUGCGAGUUUGGUAAGAGCAUGGUCAAGUUCAUGGGACACGAGCUUUCUGAAAACGGAAUUCUGCCAACGAACGACAAGUACAUCUUCGGCGAAUCUUCAACCCCGAACCAGCGGCAGGAACGCUGGGUCUUGCGGCUGCAGUCGUACCGGAAGAAAAUUGUGUACGUGCCAGGAGAGGUCAACAUAGCAGAUCCGCUGUCAAGGUUGUGUGAAGCAGUAGGAGCGAAGACAUUCGACAAAACCACCGAGAAAGUAUUGUGCUCAAUCGUGGAGGUGAACAAGCCGAGCGCCGUCACCAUGAGCGAAGUGAUCCGUUGCAGCCAGAACGACGAAGAGAUCCAGAGGGUGAAAUUGGCACUAAACGACGAUUGCUGGGAAAACAUCAAGCCGUACGCACCGUUCAAAGCAGAGCUCUGUUUUUCCCAAGACGUUUUGCUGAGGAAGAACAAACUUGUUAUUCCGGAAGUGCUUCGUCAAACUGUACUGCAACUCACCCACGUCGGUCACCCCGGAAAGGAAAAAAUGAAGCGCAGAAUCCGUACCGCUGUGUGGUGGCCAGGAGUCGAUACCGCUGUCGAGAAGUUUUGUCGAAGUUGCACAAAUUGCCAGAUCGUGGGACAGCAGAGCAAGCCGGAACCGCUGCGAAUACGGCAGCUGCCUACCGCUCCGUGGGUUCAUCUCAGCAUGGAUUUUCUGGGGCCGCUGCCCAACGGGAAGUACGUCUUCGUUCUGGUGGAUCUUUACAGCCGGUUUGUGGUAGCUGAACUGAUGACGAACACUACAUCUGCUGAGGUUAUACGCCGUUUGAAGAAAAUUUUCACGCAGAUGGGUCUACCGCAUGUGCUGCAAGCUGACAACGCUAAAAACUUCUCCAGCCAAGAACUCAAGGACUACUGCGUCGAUUACGGCAUAAAGCUCAUGCACACAACUCCCUACUGGCCGAGCGCAAAUGGUGAGGUGGAACGACAGAACCGAUCGUUUCUCAAGGUCAUGAAGAUCAGCCAGCUCGAAGGAUCCGACCUGGAAGAAGCCAUGCAGCAAUACCUGUACAUGUACUCGCUCACACCACACAGUGUUACAGGUGUUGCCCCAGCGACACUAAUGCAUGGCCGUAGAUUCCGUGACUUGGUUCCACAUCUGCAGGAGGAAGCGAUCUUUGACGAAGAAAUGCGGGAUCGAGACUUGACGAUCAAACACAACACCAAGGAGAACCGAGACAAGCGAGUCGGCGCAAAGGAAUCGUCCAUCGGCGUGGGCGACACGGUGCUGAUGAAAAACAUGCAGCCACAGAACAAGCUGUCACCAGGAUUUCUGCCUACUCCGGGGAAAGUGGUCCACCGUUACGGGAGUACUGCUACCGUUGAAACAGCGACCGGACAGCAGUACAAAAGGAACGUGGCGCAUCUGAAGGGGUUGCAGCAACCCCCAGCAGCGGAAGUGGAUCAGCGGGGACCGGAGUCCAUCGACUCUCCACCGGUCAUCUCUGGACAACAGGAUCAGCAAGCAGUUGCGGGCUACUCUCGGCAACGUCGGGAAAUAGUUCUGCCAAAACGUUUCGAAGAUUAUCUACUUCAGUGACUUUCACAACUUUAUUUGAAAUAAGAGAGAUAUGUUGUGGUUGCUUGGCAACACUGCCUGGGGAUGAGUAAGGAGAUCAGACGAUAGAAGGAGUCACUCAAUAAAGUUACGUCAAAAGCUACAGACGUGCGCGUUUUACUC